GUUAAAUUUGUGGUAUAUAAGACUGAUGUUUCCUGUGCUUCCCUCAUACUAGACCCUCUUCCUGAUUAUCUAAACUUGUUCGCAUUGUAAGAUACGUUUGUGACACUUUGGACAUAAAAAUGAGAAUUUCAUUUUGUAAAAUUUUCUUUUUGAGUUACCUACUGACAUAUGCAAAGUCAGAGGAACCGCACUGUUCAAAAUAUGAUUUCGAAGAGAAAGUUUUAGAGAAAAUGGUUCGCAUGGAAUUUCAAAUGGAGAGAAUGAAAUCUGAAAUGGAACAAAAAGUGACAAGCGUUGACCGUAAACUGAAUGAAAUGGUUGAAAAACAGGCGAAACAUACAUUAAGCAUUAAAACAACACAGGAAAGGUUUGGUGAGACAAUCGAAGCACUACAAAACAAAACGUCAAAGAUCAUUGAUACAAAAUUAAAAGAACUGCAAAUUUUAAAAGAUCAGAUUGUGACACCAACUGUGGCAUUCAAGGCAAGACUAAAUGCUCACACUGCCGCUCCUGUAGGUCAAGUUAUAGUGUUUCCUGUAGUACUCUUCAAUGAAGGAGAUGCCUACAGCAGUCAGACAGGGAAAUUUACGGCCACAACAAACGGAACAUAUCUUUUUACUAUAGCGUUUUGUGUGUUUAAUAACAAAUAUUUGUACGUGGAUAUAAUGGUUGAUGGUGUAGCAUAUACUAGGACAUACAUUAAAGACAACGAUAAUCUCGACUGUCAUACAGCUGACACUGUCGCCGUGUUAAAAACUGGACAGAGCGUGUGGGUUCAGCCGUCUGAUAGUUCCUCUGGUAAUAUAAUUUACCAUUCUUCAACCAUUUGGAGCACAUUUUCCGGGUUGUUGCUCCAUAAAUAAACACAUUAUUUCCUGCAUAGGAUUCAAACGAGUUGUAAAUCAAUUAUUACUAAAUAUUAUCAAACAUGUUGAUGAAACAAAUGAAAAAUGAUUCUGUGAAUAGCUAUUAAACAAUUUCAUUCCUGAA